AUGGAAAACAUCUCCACGCCUCUGCCCGGAUCCACAGAGGUUACGCUCACAGGACCGGCCGGUUCCUUUGAGCAAGACCCACUAAGUCAGCAGAGGUCUCACAUGCCCGUGAAACCCAACCAAGUGGGGCAGGUCAUACUGUACGGGGUGCCUAUCGUGUCGCUCAUCAUCGACAACCAAGAGAGGCUGUGUUUAGCUCAGAUCUCCAACACGCUGCUGAAGAACUACAGCUACAACGAGAUCCACAACCGGCGAGUGGCUCUGGGAAUCACCUGCGUCCAGUGCACGCCCGUCCAAUUGGAGAUCUUGCGCAGGGCCGGCGCCAUGCCCAUCUCGUCCAGGAGAUGCGGAAUGAUCACCAAGAGGGAGGCCGAGAGACUGUGCAAAUCCUUUCUAGGUGAGAACAGGCCCCCGAAACUCCCCGAUAACUUCGCCUUUGAUGUCAGCCAUGAAUGUGCUUGGGGGAGUAGGGGCAGUUUCGUCCCCGCUCGAUAUAACAGUUCCAGGGCCAAAUGCAUCAAGUGUUCCUAUUGCAAUAUGUACUUCUCCCCAAACAAGUUUAUCUUCCAUUCUCAUCGCACACCAGACGCCAAGUACACCCAACCCGAUGCGGCCAACUUCAACUCGUGGAGGAGACACCUGAAGCUAACUGACAAAAGUCCCCCGCAAGACCUGACCUACGCCUGGGAAGAUGUUAAGGCCAUGUUUAACGGGGGAAGCCGCAAGAGAGCUUUGCCCGGGCAUUGCGGCACCCUGGGUUCGGAGAAAGCGGUCAGCAGCGUUAUCUCUCACAUGAUGUCCCCGGAUCUUUCCCAGAAGAGGACCAGGUUUACCGAGGACGAUGAAGAGAGAAGCGGCGUUUCCUCGCGGAAAACCCUGCGGAGUUAUCCAGUGAUCCCGGUCCCCAGCAAAGGAUUUGGGAUGCUACAGAAAUUCCCGGCGGCUUCUCUCUUCCCCAGCCCUUACACGUUCCCCGCCUUUGGUCUGUGUCAGAAAAAGGAAGACGGGGAUGCUCUCUCUGGUGGCCAGAAGCCAAACGGGCUGUCAGGCCUCCUUUGGCCCGGGAGAAAGGACGCCUUUUAUCCGCCGCUCUGUAUGUUCUGGCCGCCGAGGGCGGCCAGCGGUAUUCCGGUGCCAACCUACCUCCAGCCCCAGCCCAGCGCAAUCACGUCGGCGGGCGAUUCCCCGAAUCUGAGACAAGCAUUCCUCGAUCUCUCCGACCAGAACGAAGGUGGCGGCCUGGCGAGUCCCAGGGACAGCAUGUUUGACGGCGAUAGCUUAAACCAUCCAGGCACGCCAGAUCACAGGCUGGCGGGUGACGGUGGCAGGGUGAAACUGUUAGACGUGUCUACGUUCACGGCCAGGAAGCAGAACUACCUGUCGGCCUUUAGGCCCGUGGUCAAAACCAAACUGCCCGGCAACCCAGAGGAUUUCGGGUCGGAGCGACACCCUUCCCCAGGAACCAGCUGCAGUUACCACAGCGACAGCGUGGAGAGCGAGGAGGAAGCAGAGGUGGACGUGGAGACCAGCAAACUCUCUGGGGACGGGCAGGAGAACGCCACCUCCCCCGGCCACUUCCCCCAGAGCAGUCUACAACAGGACUCCCGGCCCGCAGACGGCAAGGAAAAGACCGCUUCCCCCACCUCCAAAUUAGAAGCAGCCACCGAGGCGACUAGAGACCCAGCCAAUAAAAGGGCCUCCACACCCUGCGACCCACCGCCAUUGGAGGAGCCGAGUUACAAAGAUGCUCUUAAAAAUGGGAGCAAAAAGCAUUCCCUCUUUUCGAAAAAGAACGAAGACAAUUUUCCUAGUGAGACGAAACAUCAAGACGGUGUUGCGGACGAACCCGACAGUCCAGGGCUAGGAUUCUGGCGGGAAUCUAGAGUUGACCACGAACAAGAAACAACAGCUCGAGUUUCAAUCAAAGCAGAUGUGGCAAAUAUGGAGAAAGAAGAACUUCAGAAAGUUUUGUUGGAACAGAUUGAUCUGAGGCGGAGAUUAGAGCAAGAGUUUCAGGCGUUAAAGGGUAACGCUCCUUUCACUGUUGUCAAUAACUUCCAGGACCAAAUGAAGCGAGAGCUGGCGUAUCGGGAAGAAAUGGUUCAGCAACUUCAGAUGGUGAGCUGA